GCCAUGAGCGGCGGCGAGGUGGUCUGCUCGGGCUGGCUCCGAAAGUCGCCGCCGGAGAAGAAGUUGAAGCGCUACGCAUGGAAGAGAAGGUGGUUUGUACUUCGCAGCGGCCGAUUAACAGGGGAUCCAGAUGUGCUGGAAUACUACAAAAAUGACCAUGCUAAGAAGCCUAUCCGUAUUAUUGACUUAAACUUGUGUCAACAAGUGGAUGCUGGAUUAACAUUUAACAAAAAAGAAUUUGAAAACAGUUAUAUUUUUGAUAUCAACACUAUAGACAGAGUUUUCUAUUUGGUGGCAGACAGCGAGGAGGAGAUGAACAAGUGGGUCCGAUGUAUCUGUGAUAUCUGUGGGUUCAACCCUACGGAUGAAGAUGCUGUGAAGCCACCUCUACAAGCAUCUGCUGAGUUACCCUUGCCCAUCAACACUUCACCACCUUCUUCACAAGCAGAAUCUUCCCUACCUCCUCCUUAUCAGCUUAUUAACAUCCCUCCGCUAGAGUCUUCCUCUGGUCAAGAAGAUCCUCAAGACUACCUACUGCUAAUAAACUGUCAGAGUAAAAAGCCUGAACCUAUGAAAUCUCACGUGGACCCRGCAAAAUCCGCCGCCUCUGAAACAGACUGCAACGACAACGUGCCCUCGCACAAGAGCGCCGCGCCACCGGCGGGCAAGCACGCCGUGAACGGCUUCUUUCAGCAGCAGGGCUUCUACGACUCUCCACCCUCUCGCACCGGACUGGCGCUGGCAGACUGCAGCCUAUAUAACCUGCCUAGGAGUUACUCACAGGAUGUUUUGCCGAAGGCAGCGUCUCCAUCAGGGACUGAUGCAGAAGGAGAGCAACAUGUUUUCAAUCCGCCAUCAGCAACAUCUUCUUUAGAUGCUCAGAUGAGACAUAUCUCCCUUAGCUAYGACAUUCCCCCCACGCCUGGAGGUACUUACCAGAUUCCACGAACUUUUCCGGAAGGAUCGUUGUCUCAGACUUCAAAACUGGAGACAAUUCCAGAUAUUCCUCCACCUCGGCCACCGAAACCUCACCACUCUUCGGAUCGAUCUCCUGUGGAAACCUGUAGCAUUACCCGCACUGCUUCAGACACUGAUAACAGCUACUGCAUCCCUACAGCGGGAGUGCCACCCUCGCGCAGCAAUACCAUUUCAACUGUAGAUCUGAAUAUCUUCCGUAAAGAAAUUAGUUCUCAAGACUGUUACGAUAUUCCACGUACGUUCCCGAAUGACCGAUCUAACUCGCUGGAAGGCUUCCAUAACCACUUUAAAAACAGAAGCAUGUUGACAGUGGGAAGUGUUUCAAGUGAAGAUCUAGAUGAAAAUUAUGUCCCAAUGAAUCCCAACUCUCCUCCACGACAGCAUUCCAGCAGCUUCACUGAACCCAUCCAGGAAACAAACUAUGUACCAAUGACACCAGGCACGUUUGAUUUUCCGUUAUUUGGAAAGCAAGUCCCUCCUCCCGCUCACAUGGGUUUCAGGUCCAGUCCAAAGACCCCUCCUAGACGGACAGUACCUGUUGCAGAAUGUGAACCACCACCAGUGGAUCGGAACCUCAAACCAGACAGAAAAGCAAAACCAGCUCCACUAGAAAUAAAACCUCUGCCUGAAUGGGAAGAACUACAAGCCCCAGUUAGAUCUCCUAUCACCAGAAGUUUUGCACGAGACUCCUCCAGGUUUCCCAUGUCUCCCAGACCGGAUUCAGUUCAUAGCACAACUUCGAGCAGUGACUCGCACGACAGUGAAGAGAAUUAUGUAUCCAUGAAUCCAAAUCAGUCCACUGAAGACCCAAAUUUGUUUGGUAGCAACAGCCUUGAUGGAGGAAGCAGCCCUAUGGUAAAACCUAAAGGAGAUAAGCAAGUAGAAUAUUUAGAUCUGGACCUGGAUUCUGGGAAAUCUACCCCACCUCGUAAGAAAAAGAGCAGUGGUUCAGGCAGCAGUGUGGCAGACGAGAGAGUUGAUUACGUUGUGGUUGACCAGCAGAAAACACUAGCACUGAAGAGCACACGAGAGGCAUGGACUGAUGGGAGGCAGUCUACAGAGUCUGAAACGCCUACCAAAAGCGUAAAAUGAAAACACAGCUUUAUCUGCCAAGAACAGAAAGAGGCGUCUUUUAUCGCUCUGAAUUUUUGAGAAUUACAGAACCACGACGGCGGCGUCGAUUGACUGUGCAGUGCUUGAUGAUUCGCUGGUCUGUGAACAGGUUCUUGACCGAAGAAGACGGCAGCCAAAGGAUGCUUCAAAUACAUCAGAGGAAUUUUAAGAUCCUAAAUUGGCUCUGUGGUCUCUGGAAAGUUCGUAACCUGUAUAUAACCUGUACAAUAGUAUCGCUUGGCUUUCAGAAAACCUUUCGUUUGGUAGUUAACACAUUGUAGUAUUACUAUGUUUAUGCACUUUUUCAGUUAUGAUGUUGGUUCAGGUAUUCCCAGUUAGUGUACCUUAAUGCCUAAUUCAUCUGGAGAAUUUUUUUCCUUACACUACUAUUCCUUACAAUUUUAGGUUAAUUAAGCUACUUGUAGAUAUGGGAAUUAAUAUUUGAACUUCAWUUUAACAGCUUAAAAUUGAUUUUGCGGAAAUACUUCCACAAUUGAAUAAUCUACUUGAAAUGUCGAGAGAUGACCGGUAGUUACAUACGUGUUUAUAUUUAAUACACACAAGAUUAUUUGGAAGUCUACAGGUUAUCUGCCUAACAAAAAUUGCUGUGAGAUAAUAAUAAUGAACUAUACUGGGUUUAGACCUACAAUCCUGGCUCCUGUGUUAGUUGUUAGUGGUGGAACUUCUAUUGUAUUUUAUUAAUGACAGUGUUCUGUGUUCAAUGGGUGAAGAUUCUGCAGGGUGGGAUCUUACCUUUUAAAGACUGAGUAAUUAAAUAUCAAGUAAGCCUGCAAACCACUGAUGGCAUGCAGUAAUAUUGUGAUCUCACAAUUAUUAACAAGAAAUAACCUUUAUAUUAUUUACAGAAGGUAGAGUAUAUAAAUCAGGUACGUACCAAGCACUAUUGUGCUAAUACACUGAUCAGGUUUAGACAGUGAGCUGUAGUUUUGUACUAUUUAGAAGUUCUAAUGUCAGUUUUCAGUUUGAGAUUAAUGGGACAGUUUGACAUUCACUGUUUGUAGUACUAGCAAAAUACUGUGAUUUUGAAUUAGACAUUUAAUUCAAAUGGAAACACUAUGUUUUGACACCAUAGUGCCCUUCUUACAAUCUUUAUUUUACUUUAAUCUCCUGCUUGGCCUUAUAUUUAAAUCCCUAUGCAACUGAUAUUUUAUAUCUUUGUUUUUAAAAAUUAGAAAAAUUAGAUGAUAUACCUAAGUGAUCCCCUUGUAAACCACUUGUUGCUCUUUCCUGGUACAGGAGUUUAAGCUCUGUAUACUGUGAUCCUUUAUUUUAUUAUGCCAGUUCCAAAUAAUAAUCUACCUUGGUUUAGAUACAGUUUUGUUAUCUGGAAGAAAAGAGAGUUCUUUAAAGGUGUGAAUGAYUUAGGUCUAGAUAGAAAACCUACUAACAGUUUUUCACUUUUUUUUCUAAACACAAAAAUGCCCAUAAGUAAAUUGUUUUUCUACGGUUCCUUCUUCACCCCCACCCAAUCCAUUUGUUUCAAUUUGUCCAGAUCAUUUAAAAGUUGAUCAUUGAAGUAUGUUGUUUUCUGGCAUGCUGGUGUCAGUCCUGUGCCUAAUCUGCCAUUGGUUGUUUCUCCUCCCUCACAGCCACAAACUACAGUAUGUAAAUUAACAU